AUGGAUGAACCCACAGGAGAUAAAGCCGAGCUGGCUUGGGCGAAUGUCGCAAUUGGGUUAGGAUUCAUCGUAUUCGACGUUGGAGUUUCCACUAUUUUUCGCCUGGGGGUUGGGAUAUCUCUCCUAGUAGCGGCGCUACGGUGCAUUGGCCAACUCGCUGUCGUGGCUACACUGUUGCAGCAGGUCUUUGACAACAAAAAUCCAUGGCUCGUAGCUCUCAUUGCCUUCAUUCUGAACUUUCUGGGAACGUUCGAAACAGUGAUCAACAAGUCACCUCGUAGGUUCCGAUAUAUGUUCCCUGCUGUCCUGAUCGCGAUGCUUGGAUCGACGAUCCCAAUAUCUAUUCUUGGUGCCAGGUUCGCCAUGUCUGUCGACCCAUUUUGGACGCCGAUUCAGUACAUUCCAAUUGUAGGGAUGCUUUGUGGCGCUACCAUCACCGGCAUUGUCAUUGCCGUUAGUUAUAUCCUUAAAGAACUUGUAGAAAACAGGGAUAAAACUGAAAUAUACCUGGCAUUCGGUGCGACACGGACGGAAGCCUGCCGCCCAAUUGUCAUACAAGCGCUCAAGGUGGCUUUAACGCCGCCUAUCAAUAACAUGAGGUCAGCGAAUGAUAUUUUUUCCGAGGUACACCCACUAACCUUUUUAAACAGUGUUCUUGGUAUUAUUGCUAUACCAGGCAUGAUGACCGGUGCCAUACUGGGUGGCUCAUCGGUGCAUCAGGCAGCCAAGCUACAAAUGAUCAUUAUGUUUAUGAUCACAGCCAGUACGACUCUGGCGUCUGUUUUCACCACAUUUGCUGCUAUCUCUGUAACCGUCGAUGAUCAACACCGGAUCAGAAGCGACCGUAUAGAGACCAAUGGCAAAAGGUGGUACAGCAUCAAAAAUUGGGACUUACGGAAGUCUAUUGCAUAUUUAUCUCAAGUGUUACGAUUGAAGUCAAAUGACAAUGGCAUGGAUGGAACGCCGAACGAAAGACAGAGAUUAUUGGCUUAA